GAGCCCUAUGGACCGGGUUGGGGGACUGGAGCGGUCCGGAGCCCGUCCCUGGGGGAGAGGCGAAGCCCAGGGAGGGUGGCCGUGGGGGGCUUGUGGCGUGGCACCGCCUCGACCCGGUCGGCCUGUCGCGAUAGUUCUGACACCAUAAGCGGGAAGUCUCGUCCUCUGCGUCGCUGUGGGUCGUCUGCAGUGAUCGCCUCUCCUUGUGGCCUCGAGUGCAGCCUGUUCCCCCAGCUCCGGACAUCUCUGGAGGGCAGAAGAUGCUUCCCAUCAGGCCCGGCCUGGGAAGAGCUGAAACUGGACUGCUAGGGGGUUUUGCCAUGGCGGCAAAGGGGAAAUCAGGAGCUGUGGCCAAAGGUACUGGCUUCUGGCACUCACCCCAAUCCAACUACACCCCAGAAACCUGUCAGCUGCUGAAAGUGAUGAUGGAGGAGUCCAAACUCACCAACUUUCAGCAGCGGCAGCUCAUGGAUUCGAUGAAAAGAGGCGAUGCACUACCUUCUCGCUGCAAUCCAGUGUCUAGCCAGAAGCCAAUGCCCAAGCGAGUCAACAAGUUCUGUCUGCCGCCCAUCUUGACCCCGAGGCCCCACCUCCGCCCUGCUGAAGUCUGCCAGGCCAAUAAGGCCUACGCCCGAGACCAGUUCAAGCCGAGACCUUGUCGAGACAUGGAGAAGGAGAAGGAGCGGCUCCAAGACAUAUUUGCCAACGGGAAGGACGGCAGUGAGAAGAAGAAAAUAAAGCAGUCUGCUCGGCAGGCCGAGCCUCUGCCCUCGGACCCAGAGCCAGAUAGAUUUGAAGAACUGGUGAAGGAAGUCCGGGAGAGGCAAGAGUUCCUGGCCGAGAUGCAGGCCCUCGGACAGGGCAAGCAGUACCGAGGAAUUAUCCUUACUGAGAUCUCACAGAAACUGCGGGAAAUGGAAGAUAUCGACCAAAAGAGAAAAGACGAGCUGCAGAAGGCGCUGCCCAAAGCCUCUCCUUAAGGAGCCGACACCAUCCGCAGUCCUGCAUUGGUCACCCUGCCUGCUGUGCUCCUGGACCCCGGCGUCCUCCAAACACAUGACGGGGGAGGGCGGAGAGGCUCCACUUCUGAACGGCUGGCUGGCUGGCCACAGCCCAAGAGAUGGCGCCCGGCCAAACCCACCACUACCUGUGGGGGAGGAAGCCCCCGUGCUGGAGGAGACCACAGCAGCAGGGAGGUCUCGUCCCAUCGGCCCUGUGCUCCAGGGAAGCUUGCAAGGCCCCUUCUUCCUGCUGGAAGCUUGGGAGAGAACCAGCUCCUUUAUGUCGCCUACUUCAGGCCCUACUUCUGACAUCUCCCAGCAUGGGCCAUGGGGGUGGGAAGAUCAAUAAAAAUGUCUUGGUCCGAGC